AUGACGGUUAGUGAUAAGAAAUUCAAUGAAAUGAAGACACAUAGCGAGAUGCUUGAAACUCAAAUCACUCAACUAGCUAACACUUUGAAAGAGAGUGCUAGUCCUACUUCUCUACCUUCUCAAGGGAUUGAACCUAAGAAACCGGUUUAUUCAAUCACUACUAGGAGUGGUAAGGUCCUUGAAGAGAGUGUUUCUGGAAAGAGUAAAGAAGUUGAGAAGGUGAGUGAUUCACUUGAUGAGGAUGAGCAUGACGUGUCUAACAAAAAGUGUGAGGAUGCCAAUGAGAAGGUCAAGAUUGAAGAGAUUCCUUACGAAAUCUUGAGUGGAAAAAGAGAGCGUAAUGAGGUUGAAUCGGUGAAGGUUGGGGAGUGUUGUAGUGCUCUUAUCCACAAUGACUUACCCAAGAAGAUUAAAGAUCCGGGUAAUUUUUCAAUACCUUGCAACAUCAAUGGAAAAGUGUUUCAAAAUGCUCUUUGUGACCUUGGUGCUAGUGUUAUCAUAAUGCCAUAUUCUGUCUUCAAGAAGCUUAAGCUAAGUGAGCUCCUCCCAAACAAUAUGACCCUACAAUUGGGCGACAGUUCUAUUAAGUUCCCCAAGGGUAGAAUUGAGGAUGUCCCCCUCAAGAUAGGAGAGUUCACUAUCCCCGUUGACUUCACUAUGCUAGAGAUUGCGGAAGAUGACAAUAUUCCUAUCAUUCUAGGGAGACCAUUCUUAGAAACUUCGAGUGCCUUGAUAGAUGUGAAAGGUGGCAUUACUACUUUGUGUGUUGGGAAUUAUUCGGCUAGUUUUAAGCUUAAACCCAUGCAUGAGUCCCUUUCUUUUGUGCAAGGAAUUAUGUGCAUUAAUUCGCUUCAUUUGAAUGGUAUUCCUUGCACUCUUUCGUUGUCUACUAAUGAUUUUGUUGGAGCUUGUGACAAUGCUUCUAUAACCUAUGAUAACAAAUUGGUUAGUGAUGGUGAAAAAAUAAACGUGGAGGGGGGGUACCCGCUGGCAGCGGCUUUUGAGCAGCUACCAGCGGCUGGGACAGCAAAAGGGGAGGUUGGGCUGCUGGAAGACCCGCUGGUAGCGGCUGCAGAGCAGCUGCCAGCGACUACUGCAGGGAUAGCCCCCCUUUGGCCUGUUUUGCUCUGA